UUUUUAAAAAUCAUCUAGAAGAUUAAAACAAAUUUAUGAAAAUCGUCUCUGCUGUUGGUCUUAAAAUUUUGUAAUAAUUUAACAAAUUUUGUUGUUAAUAUCGACACAAUAAAGUAAUAAUGUCUCGUGGAACUAGUGCUGGAUUUGACAGACAUAUUACUAUAUUUUCCCCUGAAGGACGGCUGUAUCAAGUUGAGUAUGCAAUUAAAGCAAUUUUACAAGGUGGACUUACAUCAGUUGCAAUUAAAGGAGUUGAUGUUGCUGUGGUUGCUACUCAGAGAAAAGUGCCGGACAAAUUAAUUGAUCCUAAAACUGUAACACAUUUGUUCCGGAUUACCAAAGGCAUUGGAUGUGUUAUGACUGGAAUGACAGCUGAUGGACAUUCUCAAGUUUAUAGAGCUAGAGCUGAAGCAUGUGAAUAUAAAUAUAAAAAUGGUUUUGAAAUGCCAGUAGAAACAUUAUGUAGUCGUAUGGCUGAUAUUUCUCAAGUUUACACUCAAAAUGCUGAAAUGAGACCUCUUGGAUGUAGUAUGAUAUUAAUUGGAAUAGAUGAUAGAAAAGGACCCAUGGUGUUCAAGACAGAUCCAGCAGGAUAUUAUUGUUCUUUUCAUGCUAUAUCAGUUGGAACUAAACAAACUGAAGCUAAUACUUAUUUAGAAAAGAAAUUGAAAAAAAAAAAGGAAUUUUCAAAAGAUGAAGCUAUUGAAUUGGCCAUAUCAUGUUUGUCACAUGUCUUAGCUGUUGAUUUUAAACCAAGUGAUAUUGAAGUUGGUAUUGUGUCUAUUAAAAAUAAAGAAUUUGAGGUUUUAACUGAACUAGAAGUUGAUCGUCAUUUGACUCAGAUUGCUCAGAGAGAUUAAGCAAGUUAAUUAAAAAAAUUAUAGAAGUUAAUGUAUAUUAAUACUAUAUUAUUUAUCAUGUAAUGAUCACUUUUUAAAAUAAAAUAAACUAUGAUUCAUAAUUUUGUAUGGUUAAUAGAUUUCC